CGGCAUGCAUCAAUGCGUGAUAGAAUCAUCAGAAAGCUGCCCAACUAGGGCAGCAAUCAUGAGCAUGUUGUCAAGUGCCAAGGAGACAUUUGAUGAAUACUGUUACCCCCGACAAUACAAGCAGGAUGGUUGUGACUUAGAAAUGGUGACUAAGUCACUGUCUGGCAUCAAUCAGCUGGCCACAUCUGCAGUAGUUUCCACAGAAGACAUGUGCAGCAAUACAAAGAAUGCUCUAGGCUGGGUGAAGAAGUUUUCUAGCGACUGCUCGGAUACUACCAUCGUCUCCAGCUACACCACAUACUUCGGUGGUGUUGUCGGCAACACCUGUCCCCGCCUCACCGUCGAGCUGUUCUGCGGCGCCUCUGCUCCCACAAACCGGUCAUGUGACUUCAAGAUGGCACAGUCUUGUGUCAGCAACAUUGAUCUGUCCAUUGAUGCAGAAGCAGACACAGAAAAUUUCUGCAGUGGCUUGUUGCAGAAUGUUACCUGCACACGCAACAAUCUCGAUGGAUGUUUGUCGUCCGAAAUUGCUAAAGUUAGCACUGAAGCUACAGCCAAUCGUGACAUCAUUUUAGCCAAGUCAUGUAGCAUUGAUGCUGAACUGUUGGACUUUGGUGGCGUAUGUACUGCUCGGCCAGUAUGUUCACUUUCUGGCGCCUACCGAUGUCUGGAAGAUCUGCUCACCCAGAACUAUGCCCUCAGUGAUUGCACCAUCCGGUCAGCAAAGAGGAACUGCAUGGCAACACAUCUCCAGGGAUGCAACCAAAUCCAGAUCUCCCUAGCAACGGCCAUGUUUAACAUCCUUCUACCGCCAUCAACCACCUGUCCUGCAGUCGUUCUAGCAACCAGCCCCUUCAGUUCAUCAGGCAGCACAUCUCAGCAGGAAAAGGUCACGUGUUUGACAGACCUGCUUACUUCCCUUGCUGCCUUCUCUGAAGAGUCAACACUAGCUCCCCGGCAUGACCUGUGUCGUGUCUUGAGUGACUAUACAGAUGGUUGUGGAAGAAAUGUUACAAUCAAUGUCGUGAAAGAGUUUGUUGAGACCAACUGUACUGAUGUUGUGGAGUGUCAAGCUGGAGAGAGUUUCUGCAGUGAUGGCAGCUGCUAUCCCACCAGCGGCAGAUGUAACAGCACCGCUGAAUGCAGUGAUGGGUCAGAUGAGGUGGACUGUGGUGUGGUAAGAGAUACAGCUUGUCAAACCAGAGAGGGAUCAUUCUGCGUGAUGAAACAACUAAGUUCAGCCAUAAUGAGCAAAUUCCUGUCUGUCGGGGACAAAAAGGCCAUGUGCAGCCAAAGUGUAAAGACCUCCCAAUGCAUCCAGGCCAGAACUAACACAUGCCCCAGAACGGUGAAGGCAGUGUUCCAGCAGACGUUGACCGUAUCGGAAGCCCUCAUAAAAUCCCAGGGGACAUGUGCUCCGCCACAGAUGUGUAUUGAAGAACACACAUUUCGCCUGCAUCAACCAGCUCGCCGUGGUUGUAGCUCAGACGGACAUUACCACAGGAACCAAGGACGUCCUUUGCAAUCAGUUCCUUAAGACCAAAUCAUGCGUGGAGCAGUUUAGUGCCACCUGUACAGAAGGUCCGUUGGGACGGAUCAUGAGUCAAUACAACUCGGUCAUCGCCCUCAUCGACGGAA